AGAACAUAAUGUGGAUUGUUUUUAUUUGUUAGCUGUAUGGGCAGCAUUUUUGUGUAUGUGAUCCCUUUUCUUAAAUUAGAUUUGCUAUAUACACAUAUUUUGCUCUCUUAGUAUUUUUAGGACCUGACUGAUACUGAAAACUUUAGGGUGAUACUGAUAAAAAGGAGUUAAAUAUUUAGAUACUGAUACAUUGGUCGAUAUUCUUUUUACAGAUAGUAUACAGAUUACAGAACUUAGAAUGUAUACAGAAAUACAUGUUUUUUGCAAUAAUCGUUCAAAAUUGGUUUACACUUGUGAAUAAAUACAGCAAUAUGUCUGCAAAAUUUGACCAAAUUCACCACUCUUUUAUACUAUGCUAAACAAUCAAAGAUUAGCUCAAGUCUAGUUGAAUGAUGUUUUAAAAUGUGUUUUCCUUUAGUGUUAAUCACAGUGAUGUUAUGAAGUAAUGUGUGAACCUGACAUAUGAUAAUAUUAAUCUCUACAGAGGAAACAUCCAUCGAAGAUUGAGCAGUACAAUAUCACUGUGGCAUCAACAUCUUGUCAGCGAAAGACCACAGCCACACCAAACAAGCUCUCAGCAAAUACACAAGCCAAGUUACCAGACCUGAUGUUGAGAGCUGCAAACAAACAUGUUCCACAAGCAACUGUUGACAAGCUUGUCAUCAAUUUCAUAUGUGAGGGUCUACAGCCAUUUGCAGUGGUAGAACAGCCAUCUUUCAAAGAAUUAGUUACCACAUUACAACCUCAAGCCAAAGUCCUCUCCAGACCCACUGUCCGUGCCAGAAUCUGUGAAGCUGCUGAUCACAUGAAGAUGACUUUGGUUGCAGCAUUGGAUAAAGUCAAAUUUGUUGCUACCACUGCUGAUUGUUGGUCAGCUCAUCAGAAAAGUUACCUUGGAGUCACAUGCCAUUGGAUAGAGGAAGAGUCCCUGGAAAGAAGAUCUGCAGCACUAGCGUGCAAAAGAUUGAGAGGGUCUCACACAUUUGACAUGCUUGCUGGUGCGCUUGAUGAUAUCCAUUGCCAAUACAAGAUUAGAGGCAAAGUUGUAAGAACCACAACUGAUAGUGGAUCCAACUUUGUCAAGGCCUUCCACAUGUUUGGGGCACAAAAUGAUGCAGAUGAAGAUGAAGGUGAAGAUGAAGCAGACCCAGAAACUCUUGAUCUGACUGACCAUAUUGACUACCAUGAGGCAAGUGCAAUUCUUGAUGAAGACUCCGGUUUGGAGUAUCAACUCCCGCCUCAUCAGCGAUGUGCAUGUCACCUGCUAAACCUUGUGGCAACAACUGAUGCUGCCCUAGCAGAGAGCAUGAAUGACACCUACAAGAGGCUCUCCCGUGCAACCUUUGCAAAAUGCCAGGCCAUUUGGAACAAAACUGGCCAGUCUCAUUUGGCUAAUGAAGUGGUAGAGGACAAGUGUGAGCUACAGCUCAUUCGUCCCAAUGCAACACGGUGGAAUUCAACCUACCUUGCCAUUGAAAGGAUAAUACGCAUCAUUGAUGAGAAGGGGGAAGAUGCCAUCAGGAGCAUUUGUGAGGAGUUCAAGGUGAAAAUGUUGAGUCCUGCAGAAGUUGCAUUCCUUAGGGAGUACUGUACCACCAUGAAGCCACUGGUGAAAGCUUCAAACAUCCUUCAGUCUGAGUCCACUUCCUUUAUGGGAUGGCUCCUGCCAGUAAUCCAACAACUACUGUCCAAACUUAGCAGGCUGGAGACAUCAAGCAAGACAUGCGUGCCACUCAUCAGAGCCCUGCAAAAUGGCCUUCAAAAGCGUUUUGGACCGAUGAUGGAGGAUCCAGAGUUGGCUGCAGCUGCAGUCCUCUUACCCAAGUUCAAGACUUCCUGGACUGACAGAGCAGAUGUAAUAGAGGCUGCCUUGACAUACAUCAAACAACAUCUUGAAAUGACAGAGCAUGAGAGUGAGGAUCAGCAAAGAGAGUCAUUUGAUGAAGAUGAAUUCUUCUCCAAACCAAUCUCCAGAAGGCUGCAAAGUGCAGUUGAGCUUGAUUUCUUGCUUGUGCCACAGACACCAUGGAGCUGCUGCACUCCUUCUCAGCCAUCAAAAACCUCUCUCUUAAACUGA